AUACUAUUGUACUAAUUAAAUUAUAAGAUAAUAAUUAAUUAAAUAUAACUGAGUUAGUUUUAUUAUUCUGAAAAUUUUAAACGAUUUUGAUUAGUUUAAUUUUUAAUAAACCAAUAAAUUAAUCUGAUCAUUUAAUCUAUUUUAUAGUUUUUUAUGGAUUGUAAAAUUGACUUUUUGAUUUUGAUUUUUAAAUAAAUGAAUGAUUGGAUAUCUUCUAAAUUUAUUAGGUAGUUAAAUAUUAGACAAUUUUAUAACAAUUUUUAUAAAAAUUACUAUUUAUAAGGUCAGUGGUAUUGAAUGGUAAUUAUUGAGAAAAACUUAGGGUUAAGAUUUAUUUGUACUUCAGUUUUAAUAGUCUAGAUGGAAAAAUUGUGCAUUUUUUUUAGAGCAAUCCCCGAAAAUAGAUAUGGAGAUUUCUAGUUUUGUAACAUUUCAAUCUUCAGAAAAGAAAGAUAGAUGCAUUUCAAUGUGAAGAAUUUAUAGUGUUUAUGUAAUAGCAAUUUCUAUUUUCUGAUUAUUUAAGAUCUUUAGAACUAUCAUUUUCGGUGAGAUCAUGUUCUAAAAAUAGCAGCAAUUAAGAGAUUUAUAGUAGAUUAUUAAUUAGGGCGAUCUAAACUAUUUUUUGAAGUCUACAACAUUUUUAAAAUAAAACUAGAUUUUGAUCCGCGCUUGGAAAGCGCGGGUUUUUUUUUUGAAAUUAAAUAUAUUUUUUUAAAUGAAUUUUUAUAUAAGAUAGUGUAUAGGUUAGAGCAUAUUUUUUCGGAAUCGCGAACCGAACAAUAUCAAACUGAAGAAACCGAAACCAAAAUUGAAUUGAAUUUCAUAAAUAACCGAGUAGAUCAUAUAUCUCUGGAACCAAAAAAUUGAAACUGAAUCUAGAAUCAAAUGGGUACCUUAAUUUUUAAAGCUCUGAUAAAACCCAAAACUUCGCCAUUAACCUGUGAACCAACAUCGGUUGAUCCGACAAAAACCCAGAAAAAUCUUAUAAUAUUUUAAAUUUUUGAUUUACUUCUCAUAUACUUAAAACUGAAUAACCUAUUUGAUUUGUCAUAUAAAAUAAAUUCAUUGUAUUUAUGUUAUGCAUUUUAAUUUAUAGAUAUUGACCACAAAUCCACAAUUUCUGUGAACUCUAUUAAAAGUAUUUUUGAAGCAUUUUUAUCAACUAUAAAUACUACAGUAAUACCAAUUUAAAAAAUUAGUUGAGUUUUCAUGAACCUUUGAUGAAAAUCAGUAAAAUUAAUUAUUUUAGACAUUUAAUUGGUGCAAAUCUUGAAAUUAUUAACUAACACAUCUAUAGAAAUCUGUUGAUAGAUCUCGUUAGCAAAAGAUAUUACACUAUUUGUAUAUAGAAUUAUUUAUUUAAUAUAGAGAUUUCGAAGAUCUUUUCAAUUUUUUUAACAAAGCUCGAUCAAUGGCAAUGGUAGAUUGAACUGUUGUAACGUUGGGUACCAAGGAACACUAUUGUUAUUGUGAUUCAUUACACAUUUUGUUAAGAUGUUAUUUUAAUAAAAUGGAGCCAUGGUAUAAUCAGUGGUGUAUAACAUGAUUUGGUAAGUAAUAUAUGAGAUCAUUUAAAUUAAGUAAUAUAUCGUUUAGUUAGAUUAUAAUUAUAUUAAGGUAGGAUUAAAAAAUAAUUACUUAAUGAAUAGGUCCAACAACAUUGUUUAAGUAGAUUUUUUAAGAAUGAUUCCCUUUUAAUAGUAUAGAUUAUUGCUUAUAUAUCUAUAUAAGAUAUACGAUGGCGUUUUUCGGUAAGAUAAUAGUCUCACUUAAUUAAAUAUAAAGAUUUGUCCAGGACCAUACGAUGGCAUAUUCUAAAAAUAUUCUUUACAGGUCCGAUAAAUAAACUCACAUGAUGUUAUAAUAAACGUUGUUGUCCUCUCGGUCGAUAAGGUUUGUUAUAAUAAAUAGGAUUAGACCAAAACAUAACAAAAGGAAAGGGUCCAAACAACCUUUAUAAGUAGAUUUAUCAAGACUGCUUCCCUUUCAAUAGAAUAGAUAUCUCACGAAAAGUUAUUUCGCUUAAACAUGAUUAGUUUUUUUUUUUGAACAAAAAACAUGAUUAGUUUUUAGAACAUUUUUAGAACACUGGUCCUUCUGAUUAGUUUGGAAUCAACGGAAGCCUCAUUUUUAAAUCUGGUUUAGACUAAACAUAUUUUUAGCAACUAAGCACUGAAAACCCCCUUCCGGUUAAACAAAUUCUAAACUGAUUGAUAAAAUGCCGGUUCGGUUUGGUAGAAUCGCGCUUCGGUACGUAAUAAAUGAUGCUAAUUAGUUAGAAUAAACCGGCCAGAGUCGGUUAAUCAUUAAGGCGAAAAAGAACGGUGACGUCAGCUUAAGAAGUAUAUUCGUUAUACUAAUUUAAUUUGUUUAUUUUAAUUUUAAUUGCGUGUGUCGAUCCAACUCUCUCCUCUCUCUCUGGUUCAACGGGCAAAGUCUGUUUUUCGAAUAAAGUUUUGGUUUUUAACGUUCCCUUCGUCUUCUUGGCUGCAAUUUAUCUCGAUGAGCUGCGAUUUGAAUCCACCUCCAGAUGAGGUUUGCUGUUUUGAAGUGAAAAUGGAGGAUGAGUGUGUAGAGAAUAAGCAAUCAAGAGCUGCUGCUUCUUGCUCCUCUGUAUCUGAAGGCAGCAGUGGUGGUAGUAGUAGUUUCCUCAAGUCACCUCCUGCUGUUGCAAGUCCUCCUCCCACUGCAUCUCCAACUCCUAGGAGGACGAGUGGCCCUAUAAGGAGAGCUAAAGGUGGGUGGACACCGGAAGAGGAUGAGACAUUGAGACAAGCAGUUUGUAAGUUUAAUGGCAAGAGCUGGAAGAAAAUAGCGGAGUUUUUCCCUGAUAGAACUGAAGUUCAGUGCCUGCACCGUUGGCAGAAAGUUUUGAAUCCGGACCUUAUCAAAGGACCUUGGACACAACAGGAGGAUGAGAAGAUCAUUGAACUUGUUGAAAAAUACGGGCCUGCGAAAUGGUCUAUCAUCUCAGACUCUUUACCAGGUAGAAUUGGGAAGCAAUGUCGAGAGAGGUGGCACAACCAUUUGAACCCCGGCAUCAACAAGGAUGCUUGGACUCCAGAGGAAGAGUUAGCUCUCAUGAAUGCUCACCGAGUCCACGGAAACAAAUGGGCUGAGAUUGCUAAGGUCUUACCCGGCAGAACCGACAACUCGAUAAAGAACCACUGGAACAGUUCACUGAAGAAGAAGUCAGAGUUCCUCUUAGCUAACGGUAGCUUACCACCGGCAGCAGCAACGAACGGUGUUCCAUCUUGUUUUCAGAGAAGGCUUUCUGUUUCAGUUGCUCAAACCUCUUCGGGAAGAACACAGAUUAACAAGCCCCGUGAAGAAGUAGCUGCUGCUUCGCCAAUGGCUGGUUUUGAAGAGUACGUUCGUUCUUCUCAGUUGCCUAAACCAGAGCCAUCGCCAGAGGAUCAUCACAUGGCGUCAGAAGCGGAUAAGCAACGUAUGUAUGGUUAUGAAUGUGGUUGCAGCCCAAGCGCAUCGUCACCUGUUAUCUUCUUCACUCCACCACCGCCUAGUAGAGAAGAGUACAGUAGUAACGGUUCAGCUCCAAGGAGUCCUGAGUCUUUCUUGAGAGAAGCUGCUAGAACAUUCCCAAACACCCCUUCUAUAUUCAGGAAAAGACGACGCAAGGCUGUUGUUGUUCCUGAUAACAACAAAACAGAUGAAGAAGAAGCUGCUAAAGAGGUUGUUGAUGAAAAGGUGAAUGGUAUCUCAGAAACCACUGACUGUGAAGAGAAGGAGAACAGUGGAUCAAAUGCUUACAACUUAUCUCCUCCGUACCGGAUAAGAUCGAAAAGAACAGCUGUUUUUAAGUCGAGACAGCUUGAGUUCAUCUCUCCAGAGGAAGAGAAGGUUGAUGAUGAAACCAAAUCAUCUGAGAAAGAUAAGUUGCUUGAUGGUGGAGAUUCUCAACUCUCAGGCCAAGAAAAAUGAGAUCUUCUCCAUUACACGUUGAAUAUUUUUUGUUGGUUAUUUUUAUAAGAUCCUUUUUUGGGGGGGAUAACGUUAAAGCUGUGCUUAAUUAACACCUCACAUGAGUUAGGUUCGGGUUAAAAUACCCAAAAAAAAAAUGUAAUAUGUUGUAACAAAGAUGGAUAUCAGUUUCAGUCAUAUAAAUAUAUUCCUCUCUUUUCCUGCAA